AUGAGUGAAGGUCCUCCUGUACCACCAGCAACUAAUCUCCCCCUGAAAGGGGGCUGUAUGACAUCUAACUGCCUGCAAUUUCAGACCAAUAAUCAAGCCUUGAUCAUCAAUGUGCAUAGCAUUUGUGUGUGUGGUAAAGGGUGGCUUGCACAUGCCAACUUAUGUUGUGCAGUCAAUACCACUCCUUACCCUGUUGGGAGCUCUGCAGAUCAAAUUCCUGCCAAAGCUUGGGCUCCACCACCUGCUCCUAUAGCGGGAUCAGCAAAUGACCGCCGAGUGGCAUCAUACCAUGGUUGUAUUGAUACCAUACCCAACUCUCACCAUCUUGUCAUUGAGAUGACAGUGACAGUUGGCGACUCUGUGAUUCUCGAUCAACUUGACUCACAGAUCAACACCCACUUCUCAUGUCACAACAUCUGCUUUCCUUCAUCACUUUAUGGGGACCACCAGCCCACUAGUGGAUCUCUUGAAUAUGAGAAACUCAAUUGGGUCAUACUCAAGCUUGGGAAGCUUAGUGCCAACCAAAAUACCCAGCUCUUGAAGAUGGCCUUGUUCACCUCCAGGGAUAUCACGGGCAGUGCACUCUCAGUGUUGCUGUGCAAAAUUGCCAUGACCAUGAAAAACCCAAUCGAUGAUAUACCACUCCUUUUCAUUGCACUGAGGUUUGGGAUGCUGAGAGGGAACAUUGUGUCAGAACCACAGGCAGCUGGUACUGCUGUCCACCCCUGUUUUGCUGCGCAUUUUAAUGAUCUCUUGGACUCUGAUGAUGAUAGUCUAUCUAUGAAUAUUUUGGAGCUGAUUGUGCAUCAAAACUCUAAUAAUCACAAGCAGAGUGCUCCAUCGCCCUCUUCAGCUCAGUCAGCUGUCCCAACUCAGACCCCCAUUGUGACCCAUACUUUUCAUUCCAGACCUACAUCAGUUUGCCAUGAAGCACCAUCUCAUGCUCCAUUAUCUACUAUUCUGCCAAAUUGUGCACCACUUCCCAGCACUCAUGCUUCAGCUGUGAUCAUUGAUCUCACCAAUAACAAUACUCCUGUAUUCAGCUCUAUUGUAGAUUGGGCAAACUACGUACAAGUGCAUGGACCCAGAGAGACUUCCACCAUAAUUCCAUGGAGAGUCAGGGCACUGAACGUUGAGCUGGGUGCCCUGGCACUGAUUGCAUUCAUUGAAGCCAAGCACAGCCACACCAUUGUUGACCUAUCUGGAGAGAUGUUCAAAGGUGCACAGAUAGGAUUUACACCUGGGAAUGAUGGUUUGGAUAUGAACCUGUCCAGCCUCUUCAUGGCCAACUGCAUAUUCAAAGUUGCUCCCAGCGGGGAAGGAAUUGGUCUAGGUGUGGAAUGUGCAGUGAUUUCUAGGGUAAUCAAAAUUGUUCUCAAUGAACAUUACAUGUGGCAGAAACUUGCUCCCAAUACUGCAGCAUCCCUUGCUGCCCUCCCUCUCAAUCCAGCACAGCCACUGGACUACUCUCUUACUGGCCCUCUUUCUCUACUGCUUGUGACUUACUCUAAUAUUCAACUGACAGCACUACAGCCAACACAGCUGCCUGCCAACAUGUCAGUUGAGCAGUGCAUGGAACUUAUUGGACAAGUCUACGCCAACAUGCUCCUUGGCUGCCCUCCCAGAGCUGCACUGGACAUGUUGAAGGAGGUGUACUACUUUUGUCAAGGAUUUGACAUUGCCUUCAGCAAUGAUGCAGUAUCAUUUUGUGAUUGCAUCACCUCACCUAGCCAGGUCAUAGAGUGGCUGGAAUUUGAGGUUGCCCUUGUCAGGUGGCCUGAUGGUACUGAGGUUGAUGUUGUUGACUCGGCCACUGAGAAUGCCUUCAUCCUGUGUCUUACUCAUUACCUGCAAGGCAAAGGACAUCCUAAUCAUCCUUUGAUUUCAGACUGUGUCCCUGAGUCUGAGAGGAACAGCCAGGAAGGUAGCCCGACCUUCAGGGCUGUGCAAUUGUUACUCUCUGUAUCUGGAAAUUGCUGCCUUCCCACUGACCCCAUGCAGAAAAUUAUUGUACAUCCCAACUCCCUUUUGACCCAUUUCUGUUUUGUGAAGAACCUGCCUGUGCGACAUACAUAUGUCAAGCCUGCCAGAGCUGAUGACAGCUGGGAGAUGGUGCCUUCUGUAGGCACAUUGCCAGGGAGGGUUUUGCUUGCAAAGAACCUUGUGGAGAUGCUUCCACAUGAACUCGCCUCCAUUAACCAGCUUGAGGAACAAGCCACAGAAUACCUUCACUACAGGCAGUUCUUCAUGAUCUGGGACAAUCUUGACCAUGUCAUUGAGUGCUGGAGUAUAGUAGUGUUGAUAAUGAACUGGGACACCAGGGCCGCUUGGUUAAGCAACUACAAGGGACUUAUCGACCAGGCUUAUGAUGCAGUCAUGAAACUGCUUACUUCAGAUUGGAUGAUGUCCAGGAGACUGUGGUUCCCACAAGCUAAUUUGCAUUCAACAGAUAUACUACACCCCCAGGCUUAUACUUUGGCUGCAUGUUAUGCUUACCAGCUUUACAGCACUCAUGGGCCUGCAAUGCCUUCCCUCCCAGGAGGAACUUGA